UAAAAGGAAGAAAGUGUAUAAUAUUCCAGAAAUUUCUCCAGAUAUUAUGGAGCUGAUUAUCAUGUACGCCUACUCCCAGUCUGUUCCCAUCACCUCUGGAAACGUUGAGGAGCUUCUGUCCAUAUCCAGCCAGUUCGGUAUACCAGGGCUAAGCAGUCUCUGCAUGGACUUCCUUGAAUCUCAACUCUGCCUUGAGAACUGCAUCAUGAUAUGCAAGCUUGCGUAUUAUUACUGCUGCCCUGCGCUGCACCUCAAAGCAUUCAAGUUUGCCAUUCACAAUUUUGAGGAGCUGAUUGGAGUGUCUGAGGAGUUCCUACGGCUGAAUUUCUCUGAGUUGUGUGACAUAAUAGAGAGGGAUGAGCUCAAUGUCAGAAAUGAGAGUUUGGUUUUCAUUGCUGUCAUCAAGUGGAUCUAUCACAAACCAAGUGAACGCAAAGAGUUCCUCACUGAACUCCUUACUAAGGUGCGCCUAGCAUUGAAAGACUCUUCCCUUUUUCUGGAAAAAGUGAAGAAAUUUGAGUACAUGAGGGGCAGUGUAGAAUAUAAACUCUUUAUUUACAGAGCCUUGUUGAAGAUGAUCCAUGAUCUCAGCAUCCGAGAGGCUGCCGCCCAGCAGCCAAGCUACUCCAUUGUUCACGCUCGACUGCCCUACAGUAUCCUUCUGGCAAUUGGUGGCUGGAGAGGAGGCCGACCCACUAAUACCAUUGAGGCCUAUGACGUACGUGCAAAGAUUUGGAGAGACGUGACGUGUACAGAGGAAAUGCCAAGGGCCUCUUUUGAAACCGCGUUUGUGAAGGGAUAUGUCUACUUUGUUGGACAGUUUGACAAAGUGGAAAAUUACAACAGGGUGCAUCGGUUUGAUCCAGUGAAGAGGGUAUGGCAGGAGGUGGCCCCCAUGCACACACGUCGUGGCUUUGUGAGCAUUGCUGUUAACAAUUAUCUCAUCUAUGCCAUGGGGGGAGUUGAUGGUCACACAUGUUUUAACAUGGCUGAACAAUACAAUGCAGAAACUAAUCAGUGGACCUUGCUGUCCUCAAUGAAUGAACGGAGAUGUGAUGCCAGUGCCACCACGCUACAUGGGAAGAUUUAUAUUUGUGGUGGAAAUAAUGGAAAUGACUGCCUCUCCACAGCUGAGGUGUAUGACCCCAUAAUGGAUCAGUGGUCAAUGAUAGCCCCGAUGACCAUCCAGAGAAGCGGCAUGGGAGUUAUUGCAUACAAAGAUGAAGUUUACGCAGUGGGCGGAUUUGAAGGGGAAAAUGACCUUAAAACUGCUGAGGCCUACAACCCUCAGACAGAUACCUGGCGGACAGUCUCUUCCAUGAUCAAUGCACGAAGUUACUUUGGCAUCGAGACGAUGGAAGAUCUUCUGUACGUUGUAGGUGGGAAUGACGAUUUCACCACCUAUGCCAAGGUGGAGUGUUAUAACAAGGAAAGUGACGAGUGGAAGGAGGUGCCAGAAAUGAAUGUGGACCGCUGCUCGCUGAGCUGUUGUGUGCUGUCUGGCCUGCCCAAUAUUAGGGAAUAUGCUGCACGUCGGGAACCCCUGCAACCAGUCCACCGAUCAGCAGAGUGCAGGCUGUCACCUUUCUAUAAUAUGCCACCAUUGUGACCGCAAUACGAUGGAAGGCAGAGAAUAGAAAUAGACUCCAGAAUCCAGUGCCGGAUAUCUGUUCUAAACCUGAGUAUUCAAGCUUAAUGCCAGGGUUUGGAGGUUUAAGCCUAUGCCAGCAGCAGUGGUGGAUGGUAAGAAAGCAGCCCCACAUCAGCCAAACCAUCCCAGAACACACACUAAUGCAAAUGAAAGGAAGAGCAGAAGGGCCCUGGAUGUGAGGCAGAAGUAGGAGGAAUGGAAGACAGAUUGAUAGAGAUGGCAGACAUUUUCUAUUUGCACUCAGGAUCCUGGACAGGCCAAAUCCAGGCAGGCUGGGUCACUAGUGGAGUACUUUUGGGAGGCCCUGGCCUGGUUUGUCUUUGUAAACUCCUCACAUUCUUUUGACCACUAGCUAAUCUUUGACACGGAAGAGGGGAUUUACACAGUGAGCCGCAUGGAGCGAUGAUGGAGCAGCAGGAUGACUUUAG